AUUAUAAUAUAGAAAACAAGUGUUACAAUUUAGAGUUAACUUUACUGUGAGAUAUUUGUGUUCAUAGCAAACAUGUCGCUAAAAGCCGCAAAGGUUCAAUUAAAGACCCGUUAUUUAAUGUUAACGGAUUAUGCUGGCACAAUUGUGGUACGACCAGGCACGAUCGCCGCGACCGUAGCAAGGAGGCAUUUCCGAGAAGCCUACAAAACGUAUGUUUCGGCAUACGAGUCAUUGGUGGCGAGUGAUUCGGAACUUGCAGAGGAGGAAAGACUACUGUACCAGCAGCAAUUUAGCGAGGUAAAUCGACUCCUCAUUCAAUUGGAUGAGGCAUCAGAGGAAGAGGAGUCCGGGAGGCCCUCAACCUCAAAACAUCAAGAAGUUGCCCCUGCGCGUAAAGAUGCUCUUUGAGGAGCGGCACGGGACAGAUCCGCAAGUGCUACCGACCCUUACCCAGCUAGUGUCGCUACUAGAUGAACAAUGCCGGGUGCAGCAGGCGAUCUCCCCUGCAGCAGUGGAACGAACUCCUGCGGCACGCCGGUCACCCACUGCUAGAGGUCGAGGCGGCGCAGCGCCGGCUCACCACCUGGCAGCCCCCCGGGUCCUGGCAGCACAACCGGAACCCAAUGAUCAGGUGUGGAGGCCUAUGGAACGUGCUUUGGCCAUGUACUGAUGGGUGCUUUGUGGAAGCAUCCCGCUGACAUCUCAACGAAGCAGCUGAGAGGGACGUCCGUAGAGGACUAUGGAGUCCAUGCGACACGCCUCGAGGAGGUACUUGAGAAGUUCUGGAAGGUCGAGCAGCCUCCAGAGGAUCCGGUGGAGCA